GAAAUUGAUUUGUUAUUAUUCAAUUAAUCUUUAUUCCUAGUUUAAUGGUCUUUGUAUAAACGGAAAAUUAUUAUAGAAAAGGAUAAAUGUCUUUUACAUUUUAAAUAAUUGCACUUGAAAUUAUAGAACUGUUAUCAUUUCACUGGUGUUUAACCUGUUUAAAAUGCCGACAGUACCAAAAGUUAGUUUUUAAAUUAUGGAUUCAAAGGGUACAUCUUCACCAAUGAGGAAUAAACAAGAGCAGGAUUUAGUUAAUUUAGAUGAUAAUUCAAGCAAGUGUUGCAUGAAACAACGAGGGCAAGGUGAUGUCGAUUAUGGAGGAAGCUCGUCACUGUCAAAUGAAGAAAAUUGUGCUCGUGUUGAAUUAAAUUACCAUCGAAAAUCAGAAUUCAAUUCGGUAUCAACCAAUGAAAACAUUGUUCAUCCUUCACAAAAUAACGUAGUUAUCUCUGAUCAUUUGCCAAAUAAUGGAUCAAGUUCUCAUUCAAGCCAAGUUUCUUCAGAAAUUAAUUGCAAAAUGAGCAUAAAUAAAGGUGACCAAACAGAUAAGAUUGAUAAAUUAAGUAAACAUGACAUUGGUGACUCCAAUGCACCUUCAACAAGUGGAUUAUCAUGUCCUAGCAACGAUAAAAUUUUUAAUCUUCCCGGCCCCAGUGAAGCAAGAGAAAACAAGAAAAGACCAUCCUCUUUAAAAUUAAAGAGAGCAAAUGUUGAUGGAGAUGACAGCUCAAGUGAUACUGGCAAUGAUGACUACUCUUUAGGAUCUGAGGAUGGCUGUAUCUAUACAUACAGGGGUGCUAUGCCACCUCAACAAGUAGCACCAGUGCCUAUGGCACAAGGUUCCAGAGGGUCAAGUCCAGAUAUGGAUUAUCUGGAAAUGGAUUUUGACCCUGGCCCAUCAUGUGAAGCAGACACUGGUGAUGAGUCUAGUCCUGAAGUAGAUAUUGAAGUACCUAAUAUCCCAGAAGGAGAUGAACCUGAAAUAAGAGGAAUAUCUCCUGAAUAUCAACCUGCUCCAGUUCCACCACUUUUAAUUAAUCCCAUUGUAGCAAGGCCGCCAAGGGCCUCAAUAUUUGACUUUGCAACUACAACAGAAGAGACACCUGUUGAGAAGGAUGUUGUUGCUAAAAAGGUGAAAGUAGUCCGAACUGAGUACAUAAUACAUACUACUCAGAAAGGUGAAAAGAUAAAGGUCAAGAGGACUAUGACUCACUGUCCUGAAAUUGAACCUUCAGGUGUUCAUAAUUCCAGCGGAGAUCUAGUAACACCAAGGGAAGUUUUAAAGUAUGGUGAGGAUCACAGAGAUGUAAGUAUGGCACAUAAAAUCAACCAAGGGGAAAGUGCUACACUUGAGUCGGCAAAUUUGAUAUCGGCCAUAUAUCAUGUUAAUAUGGCAAAGAAGUUGAUCAAUGAGAAGCCAAUAUCGGAUAUGGAAGGUCACAGCUUACAGAUGGAUGUUGAAGCAGGACCAAGUACAUCGGAUAGUACACCAUGUGUGGAGCCACCUCGUUGCAUGGUGUGGACUGAACGAGAAGCCUGCGAGAGGCAGGUCACACAAAUUGGUACUUCUGCUUGUGGAGCAACUGCUGUCGUCAAUGUUUUUCUUGCAUUAGGUGUGCCUGUCAAUAUAGAGAGAAUAAACUCGGAAGUAGGCACAAGACAAAGAGCAAAUAAUGCUCAAAUACCUAGGUAUAUAUUAUCACGGUCGAUUGCUGGUUGCACAGCGGCUGAUAUUGUGAACGGCCUUCAGAGAGCAUCAGACGGUCUCGUAACAGCACGGUUCUUUCCUACCUUCCCUGAACGGAGCAUGUCACUCUCACACUGGCUUGCAGACUGGAUAUCUUUAGGAGCUGUGCCAAUAUUAACUCUGAAUCUGCAACAAGGGUGUGAAGGAGAUGUUCCCGAUGCUUGGCAUCACCAGAUGGUGUUUGGUGUUUCACCUCGAGGUAUAUUCAUGUGCAACCCCGUGGAGUGUGUGCCAGAGAAUGUUGUCUGGUGCCGGUUGGUGUCUCCGUCGGUGCUGUUGCUGCGAGCCCGGGAUGUGGUGGCUCGCUACAACCCUGAAACCGAUAUGUCUGUACUCACCGCAGUACCCGACAUCCGCUUCCACAAGAUGAACGUACUUGGUCAGGUAGCGAACGUGCUUCGUGAGUGGAGGCAGGCGGGCGCUACCGAGGGCGAGGGCCGCACCAGGCACGUGCGCGUGCCGGCCGCCUACCAGGCAGGCAUCACCGUGGCAGCGCUCACCGGCUCCGAGGCCCACCGCAGGCUGGUGCACGCGCCCGCACCGCCGCUCCACCAGCCGCCCGCCGAGCCUGCCUGAUACCACCAGCUGCUGAUUCACAUCUAUAUGGUGAAUCGAGAAACUUCACAGUAAUUUUAUUAUUGGACAAAUGUUACCAUGAGCACGGGCAUGAACAGUGAUCAAAUUCUGUUUUCAUCAUCAUAGAAGAAGUGAUGUGUAAGAUAUUAUAUUAUCUAGUGAUGAGUGCCAUUGUUCUGAAGAAAAUAAACGUGAAGAACACGACUUUGAUGUGAUUGAUACAUUGCUGGUUCACCAAGAUUUAUAAUAGUCUGUUUGGACAUCAGAGGAUCAGUUUCUACCUCCAAAUGCUCGUGAUUAUGUCCUCCCAAUAUAAACAAUGACAAAGUAAAAAUACAAAGUACCACCGAAUUUCAAAUUAAAAUAAAAACUCAAUAUGGAAUUCUCGAAAUAAAUCUUGAUAUAUAGAUGAUAAAGAUGGCGAAUGAUAUAAAAUACAAAAGGGGCAGGCGUGUAGAAAUAAAAAAGUAUUCCCAGAUUUUUUAACUGCUUUUCGCUAUAUACCUUUUAAAAUUCAAUAUUUCUUGUUGAAACACUGCUUUGGUUCAGUUAACCUUUGCGUGAAUUAGAAUGCUGUCAAACGGGUAUUUUUAAUCUGUAUGUCAACGUCAAAUGUGUCAGUUGUGAAGAAAUUUCUAUUUAGAAAUGUGUUUUUUUCACUCCCUUUGUUAUAUUUGAACUUUUGUUGAUUUUUGAUUGAAAAUAUUGAAUUUUAACUUGAAAUAAUCUGAUUUUUGGUAGUAAAACGUUGCGCAAAGUUUUAUUUCGGUGUUUCUUUUUCACUCAAUAAACAUUAAAUCUGUUUCGAAUUUAUACAACAACAAGAGAAAUAUAGAAUAAAACGGCAUUUUCAGAAGUUAGGUCUCUCAUUGCUGAUAAAAAUGAUGACUGUCUGAACGAUUAAUUAAAGUCUGAGCCCCUAAAGUUAUAUAUUUAUUCGCUAUCAUUUCAUGUAAUACAUUUCAUUUUAAAAUUAUGCAAUUAUACAAAAAUAUUAUAGUCCCAAAGAGACAUUAAAUGUCUGUUAAUAUUAUAUUAUAUAGUGUAAGUUAGUAUAAUGCAUAAAUAUAAUUUCUAAAUAGCAUGCGUUCAUAUAAUCGUAAAAAUUUAGAAGACAUUCGAUUUAAGACCUUAUUUCAAUACAUAUACCUGCGUUAUUAUAAUGUUAAGUUUGCUUUAUAUACUUAUAUUUUUAAGACAUGCCCAAAUUUAAAUGUAUGUUAGUUUGUGUCACAUAUUAUUAUGAGGGAGUCCAAUGUAAUAGGAACUUAGCUAUAAACUAGCGAAUGAAUUGUUUAAUAUAUAAAAUAUCGUAUUUAAUAUUCGCAUAAUAAACCUAUUUUAGUUAUCAAACUAUUUUGUCUCUUUCUGUUUUGCGUCAAGUUUGAAUCAAAUAAUAAAUAAAAUCAAAGAUAGCCCGUCAAUCGAUCAUUAAUCUGCAUUCCAACAUGUCAAUAUUAACUCACACAAAUAACUUAUAAAUGGAUACGAAUACGUCAUCCAAUAGAUGGUUUGAAAAAAGAGUAAAAUAGGAAAUGGUUCAAAAUAUUGGUCUCAGAUAGCCAAUUCGGUUCACGGUGAACUUCUUGUAUUUGUAGAAUUGUAUUUGUACCUACUGUUGUUUUCAUUUCAUAACGCUUCGCUUUAGCCCCGAUUUCACCAGUGACACUUCAAACGGAGUUUAAUAAAACUCAGUUUAGUAACGAGUGCAAAUGCAAUUCUUGAUCUCGAUUAAACACAAAGCGAUUUCACCAAUACCUUUUGAGUGUGCUGACGUAAACUGAAUUUACAUCAGUCACAUAUCAUAUAAAAAUAGAAUCGCCGUCAAAUUUGUCAUCGAUAAGUAUAAACAAAACCAGAAUUAUUGUUAUAAAUAUGUCAAUGAUUCAAUUAGAUAACAACAGUGACAGCUCCUGAACGCGAUCAUAUAAUAAAGUAAUAGGUAUUAUUCAUACAAACUUGUUUCAGGUUUAAUAUAAUAAGAAAAUAUUCAAUCUUGUCACUGACCAAUACCAUAAACUCUGGUAAAUUCGUUCAAACACCUGGUGGUCUACAUAAAUGUGGCAAUGGCUGAAUUGUGGUGCCUAUUAUACAGAAGCCACUAUAGAAAGGAUAGCAUAAAAUGUUAAACGUACAAAAUUCAGCGGUCAGCAUAUUAUCGCGUUUAGGCUAUAGUUGCGUUUAGUUUGUGUUGGUGAAAUCCGAAUUGAAUCUGUCAACUCAACAGUCGCAAGCUUAGUUAAUUGUUCUAAUCGCGUCCUACUUCAAUGGUGGAAUUGGGGGCUUAGAUUGUUGGGUUAUGUUUUGUAGGUAUACUGUAAUUUUGGUAAUUUCUUGACGAAAUCCUGUGUAAAUGCACAGGAUGUGAAGGGAAUGAACGGAAAAUGUAACUUUCGUGGGAUGUUUAACACUGCGCGAGCACUUUCUCCUGCCGGCUUAGACAGAGUUACGAACAUCCAUAUUUUGUCAGGGCCAUGUCUUUUGCCCAGGUUCUUUCACUCGAAUCCCUUACUCUUGGUACUCCUCAACUGGCUCCUUUUAUAUAUGAUAUCCCCGAUCUGUUUGUGAAACGUACGCCUAUUCUAUCUUAUUAAUAAACGCAGUGUAAAGUUACUCCAAUUUUAAAAUUACUUGUCUCUAUCAUGUAAUUCUGUAAUUGUAGUGACGAAGGUAAGAUAAAGACAAAAAGUUUUAAAUUUGGAAUAACUUUACUUCGCGUUUAUUAAUAACGCAGAUUAUGUUGAAUCCCCAAUACCUACAUCAUCAACUUUCUCUUUAUAAUAUAUUUGUCAGAACCGUAUGAGUAGGAGGACCUGCUCGGUCUUCUCGAGUACUAAAUAUAUACGUAUGGUUCUUCCGUUUGCGUUAAGAGUGCUGUUGUAUAUCCAAGAAGAUAUAUUACGUCAUAGGUACCGUUUGCAUAUUGUUGCAAAAUAGUUUUGACCUAUAGAUAUAUUGUAUUGCAGUAUGUUGCGACCAAAUAAAUUCAAAUUCAUUUUUUCAUUAUGUCACACUUAUAAUAAUGUUAAGGUGAUAUAUUGUUUAUACUUAUUAUAUUAUCUCAUAUUAUUAUUUGUUUUGUAUCGCGUGGAACAUAGACUUUAUCUUUCUGCCUUUUUGUUUCCGUAUAUAAAGUGGUAGAGAAUAAAAGAUAGUUCAUACGUAACUAACAAACUAGUGUAGCUUUCUCUCUGUCACACAUUGGUAUACAAAUAACAAGGAUCUGGUUAGACCGGGUUCUCGUGUAACGGGCGACGGUUAGCUAUGGAACGAAAGAGUAGGUAUGUGUGGUGAGGUGAGUGAAAUAUGCACGAAAGAAAACAAAGGUUAUCGGUUUUCUUUCGUCUGCCGUCGUUCUUUUUAUAUGAACAAGGCCUUAUAAGUACAAGGACCGUUCACAAGAUAAGCACACUCAUGCAAGACAUGUGUAAUGUCUCGCGUUUCGGCACGGGUGAAACAACUGUUCUUCAGUAAUUUGCACAUCACCCGAGGACGUCCGCUCCCAACCGAUGGCUGAUUAGAAGUGUGUUGUGCUGUACAUUCUUUAUAUGGCACUUAAUGUCACACGGAUAAUGUCACUGUCGAUGUCAUAACAGUGCCAAUGAUUGUUAAAACAUAUUUAAUUUAGACUAGAUGUCAAGACACUACACUAUGUAUGUCUGGAUCGUAAGUCAGCAAGAAUCUCGGAGGAGCGGACAAUGUGAAUGUGUGCGUUAAUCCAUCCCUUUUCUUCGUGUAACCCAAUUCCUUUAGAAGGGUUUGCGCAUCUAUAUUUGCUAAAAACCAGAUUUUUGUAAUAUCUUUAAUGUUUUCAGAGACAGGUGUCGCUCAUGUUAGUCAUUAAUGACAAUGACCGCGACCACAAAAGUAGUGAUUAUAUAACCAUUAUUAUAACGAUAUUGGCAAGAUGUUAGUAUGUAUAUAUAAGUUUGUAUGUGUAUUUUAUAUAAUAUCAUAUUAAAAUAUGUAAUCAUUAGUAAAUUGGUGCUUACUAGUCAAAAUUAUAUUAGCACACGAGUUUUGAUUUUUAAACUUGUAGGAUAGCUGGAGUUUAUUUGCUACGCGUAUAAAGUAUUUGUGUUGGUACAUUAAAGGCUAUUUAUUGCAAGUCCAUUGGUGACUUAAGCAUCACCUGCAAUCACGUGGCAAAAUACACUCGGUGGCUCUCCUACAAGAUAAGCGGCAUCAGUAUAGCAACUCUAUGUCCGGCAGGAUUGGGGAGACACUAACGAUAAUUUAUGAUCAUAUAUGAAGGAAAAAAAUAAUAUUAAAUAUAAAUAUAAUUUAUUGAUUAAGUAAACUUCACCCAAAGUAGUUACUUAAUGUUUUACGCGUUCAUGGUUACACGGACCUAUCGGCGCUUGCGCUCAACUAACGAAUCAGAACGUAACUCAGCAAUGUAAAUUUCAUUUAUAUGGAAAUUUAUUCAAAAAUUAAAUACUGAGUUUCAUUAAAAUUACUCGUGAACGGGUGCUGAUUGUUGUUCCAGGUCGACCUGUUAUAGUUAAAUAAUCGUUGUAUUUUUUGGAUGCAAUUACUACUUAAGACAGAAAUCACGAUCGACUACAAUCAUGUUCACGAAGUAUCCUUACACAAACCUUGAAAUAAAGUUCUAAAGGUUAAAUGCAUCCAAUAUACGAUAAUUUAUAUUUUACCGUAUAUUCUUUAUAAAUUUUUAUGAAAUAUUUAAAACGCUUUUAACUAAGAACAAGAUUUUUAUAUUGGUUGCAGCACCUUACAAAUUAAUUUGUUUGUAUAUUACAGCCAAUUUAAAAUACUCUUAUUGAUUGAAGACUACUUUUUCCGAACAUAUGUUAGAUCCAGUUAUUUAAAAGAAAUAUUUGCAGUCACGAUUCAAAAGCGCUUAGUUAAACCUUAAUUGAAUAGUUUAUUUGACUUUGAAUAUCGUUAGUGUUUCACGAGUCAUUCUGUAUAGAGGUCUGUAGCAUCCCUGUCUGUAUUCUGUGUAUAAAUUACAUAAUUUUCUGUUCAUCAUUGAUAUCUUGGUAUUUCAUUCAAGAUAAGUUUUUGUAUACACGCUGCAUGUGAAUUAUUUGUUUAAUUAUUUUCGACCAUGUAGUCUUUUAGCCUUAAAGGAAACUUGUUAUUUUUUAUUUAUUUAAUAUUAUUUUUCGACAAUGAUUCGAAAUUGUUGCAUGUAAGUCUCAUGUUUAGGUAUACUAUUUCUCUUGACAAAUAUCGGUGUAAAAACAAUUGUAUAACAUUUUAUUUUUGAAUAAAUGAUAAUAUAACGA